AUGUUGCUGCUGUCACCUGCAGUCAACUACUGGACUACGCUACUCAAUUUCAUAAUACAAAAGUAUUUUAUUGACUCCCAUGCCACCUGUAUCCUGUGGCAUCGCGAUUUUCCAUUUGAAUUGAAAACACCAGCCGAUAGCGAAUUCAUACAAUACGUCAAUAUUUGGCCUGACAAUUUGUCACAAUCCUUGCAGCAGGACAUUUACAAUUUCACCGCUUUUGUCGAAAUCCAGCGCGGCUAUGGCAUGGAACUCGAUGCCUUGGUACAGAAAUUGACUAUAGCCAUCAGGGAAACGCAUUGUGAGUCUUUCGUCGCAUUUCAAGAGGACAUACCAGUCUUUACGCGUAGUUUCUACAACGCCAGCAGAAUAUCGGUAUGGCGUUCGUUACGCAAUAAAUUUCUAUUUGUCUACCGCAAGGACUUACUGCUGGACACUGAUACUUCGGUAUACUUCGACGACUUUCUUUUCAUAGAUCAACCAAAUAUUUUAAUAGUCGAAGCUGAGUGUGGCAAUUGCUCAAUGUUUGCAUUGAAAACUAAUAAAUUCGUUGGCCCUCUGGCUGAGCAUCCGGAACAGCUGUACAUAUUGGAUCGUUACAACGCUACAAACGGCACAUUUGAGUUUGGCGUUGAUUUGUAUAUGGACAAAAUUAAAGAUUUGCAGGGACGUGAGGUGACAGCUGGUGUUUUCGAUUAUCGUCCCUUUUCCGUGGUAGAUUUUGAACGUGAGCCUCAACUAAAAGAUACAAGUCCCAGCAAUGCACAAGGCACCGCACAUUUGGACGGUACCGAAGUAAGAAUGCUAUUCGCACUCUGCAAGGUUAUAAACUGCACAGUUCAAGUGGAAUCGUGUAAAGGAGAAUGGGGCACAUCAUAUGCAAAUCUAACUGGUGAUGGUAUAUUUGGUCUGAUCACAGAGAGAAGAUCAGAUUUUGCCGUUGGAGCUUUGUAUUUUUGGCCUGAUGACUAUCGUUACCUGGAUAUGUCCCACUUUAUUGGACGCUCCGGUGUGACGUGCCUAGUACCAUCACCGCAUCGUCUCACCAGCUGGUUACUACCAUUUCGGCCAUUUCAAUUGACCCUAUGGCUAGGCGUGAUUGCUUGCUUGUUCCUUGAGGCAUUGGCACUCUUUUUCACACGCUAUAUGGCUCCUUCGGAUGACGAGCCUAAAUAUGGUUUACUGGAGAGUUUUCAAUUUGGUUAUAUUACUACGCUUAAACUUUUUGUAUCACAGGGCUCGGACUAUGUAGUCAAUUCGCAUACGGUACGCAUGGUGCUCUUUGCAUGCUACACGAUCGAUACGAUUGUGACGAGUGUCUAUGGUGGCGGACUAUCGGCAAUACUAACGCUGCCAACCUUGGAGGAAGCUGCUGACUCAGUAGAACGUCUACAUAGUCAUGGUAUUCCAUGGACUGCAACAUCACCUGAUUGGGUAAUCUCACUCAGAGGAGAAGGAAAUACUGAUCCAUUUGUUGAAGAUUUGUUGAGGAAUUACCGCGUUUACACUUAUGAACAAACUACUGAAUUGGCUAAAACUGAAAAUAUGGGCUUUAUCUUGGAACGAUUGGCUUUUGGUCAUUUUGGCAACGUUGAGUUCCUCACCGAUGAAUCUUUUAAACGCCUUAAGCUAAUGGUAGACGAUAUUUACUUUCAGUACUGCUUCGUCUUUGUGCCACGUCUCUGGGCUAUGCUCUCCAAGUUAAAUGACGUCAUAUUGGAAGUGCAUUCAACAGGUUUGGAUAUUUUUUGGGAAUGGGAGGUAGGCGCCUAUUAUAUGGAUGGACAACAGCAAGAAGAAAUCGAAGCUUCAAUGUAUAUGAAUUUUGAUGUGGGUCCAGUCAAAUUGGAUAUGGACAAUUUUGUUGGUCUUGUGUUGCCAUUGAUUUUUGGCCUGAUUUUGAGUAUUUUCGCAUUCAUCGGCGAAUUGAUUUACUACAAGUAUACUCAGAGACGAGAUCGUAGGCGGGAUAAUGAAGAAAGAAAGAGAGCUGAAUUAAAAUCGGCAUAA